UUUAAGUUAUUUGUGGAGUAAAAGUUUUACAAAAUGGCAGAUACUGGGCAGAAUAGGACAACCAAUGAAAGACCAUUCCAUAAAGCUUGGAUAAACUCUUGUUAUCAACAGACAUUACUACCAGGUGCACCAUGGCAUAAGCUUGAAGCCAAACUGGCCACAGAACUUGCUACCCGUGUAGAAAAACAGUUUGAUCAUCCCGAAAGAAGAGAAAUGUUAUUAGAUUUACUAGGAAAUGAAUUUCUUCAAGAAUUCUUGCCAAAUGUACAAAGAAAUCCACAUUUAUUGGAACCACCUAAUCUGAAUUUUGAUAGUCGCCAGUUGUUAUUUGUUGAAGCUCAAGGUUGGUUAAAUAGUCAGAUGUAUAAAACUGUCCGAGAACUAGGAUACCAGAAUAUGUUGAAUGGCAACUCCUCAAGGGAGGAUCCACCAUCUGAUUUUACUGAAUUUCUACAACAUACAUUUGGUGUAUUUAAUGAUGGUCUAGAUAGAGAGUUAUAUAUACAGGAGAGAGAAUUAACAGAAAAGAGAAAAAAAGAGAUUGUAAAUCGUAAAAAGAAUACAGAUUAUAUAUAUAUACCUAAACCCAGUCGUUAUAAACCAGCUACUUCAUCUUCUACACAAUCUAUUACUUCAGCUAAACCUUCAUCUAGUCAAAUUAAAGCCAUGGUACAUAAAGUCGUGGGAGAUCCUCCUCCUUUGUGGGGGAAACAAAGUGAUGCAGUUGGUGAUUCUGUUCUUGCUAUUUUACAACAUGAUCCCAGAAAGUUUGACCAUGUAGCAGGCCGUCUUCAUGGUCGCCAGUUACCAGGACAACUACGUUCCUACAUGUGGACUGAUAUUUUGUUGAAAAUGGAUCGUAAAAAAAUCAAAGAUGUGAAUGCAGAGAAGUUUGUACGUGAAAGAUUUGGGCGAGCUGUUUCAAGAGGAUUAUCUGAACUAAGUAUCAGAAGAGCUACACAGUCACCUAUAAAUGGUUUAAUAGAAAAUGCAGUCAUAGAGACAUACACUAAAACUACUAGUAUGGUUGCUUUUAAGAGUGGAAAUCAUAUGAAAGAGACAGCAAGAGUAUUGAAUAUAUUGUAUGUUUAUGAUCGGAGUUAUGAGCCUUACCUUAUUUAUUGGCUAUUUCCACUUCAAAUAGCUUUCCGUGGUAAAUCUGACACUGUUUCUGAUAGAACUGAACAUGCUAUGGAUCUAUCAAUGUACUUAGAUUUAUUGAAUACAAACUGUUUUCCAUCCUGGCCACAAGUAUUUGCUAUAGCAGAACAAGUGAUGACCACAUUACAAAGAUCUGAUCCUGAACUAUACAAUCAUCUACGUGAUAUUUCCAAAAUAAAUGUCCAGUUUAAUCCUAAGGAGUUUUUAGUACAAAUGAUACAUCAAGAAAAAGCUAAAGCAGAAGCUAUUUUACUAGCUAAUCCUGGUACUUCACGAGAUGAAGGCAUGUCAACAGAUUUACUAGCAGAUCCUAUUAUAUUUAUCAGACGAUGGGUGGGAGAGGGUUUUGUAAGUGUAUUAGAUACACCUGGUGUAAUGUACAUAUGGGAUCAGUGUUUUAUGCAGGGUUGGUCACAUACAGUACUACAGAAUACAUGUUUAUCAUUAUUACAACUACUUAGAUAUAGAUUUAUGAAAGUAACAGAUUAUAUGGGCAUGAAAGAGGUAUUUCUGAAUGAACCAUGUAAAUUAUAUACUGCUGAUGUUCAGGCAUCAUGGAUACAUCUGGAGAUAGGUAAAGAUUUGACAGAAGUUCAGCAUUUAAAUCGUCAACGUCCCAGUACUCCACAAACAGAAAGAAGUAAGAGAUCCAUAAUGGCACCCAGUCCUUUCCCUGGUAUUUUACAACCUUGUGGUAUUAAAAAUGUUAGAAUUAAGUUGGUCAUUCCAUUAGAGAUUGUACAAAGGGAACCAUGGUUGGCUAAUGUUAACCCCAAUUAUUUAAAACUACAUGCUGCUGUUUACUUUGGUAGUGUUAAACUACGAUCUAGGAUGUCUAUGAGCCCUGCCAAGGUAGAGAAAACGUCUCGUGAUAAUUUUGGUAACUCCAUCUAUCAGUUAUCUUAUCCUCAAGAGAAGUUUGUUUAUGAGGCUUUAGAUUUACUCAAAUAUGAUGUUGAACGAGAACUAGGAGCAUGUCCAUAUGCCAUCUUGCGUUUGGAGUAUGAUACACCUCAAAAUACUAAGGAAGGAAAAGCUCCUGUAUCAGUAGGCUGGGCUAGAGUAUCGUUAUUUAAACGUGGUACUCGAGGUGGAAGAGUAUCCAUUGAUUCUUCUUGGUCUUUAAUACUUGCGGACACGACCUUCAGCUUACAUCCAGGUUCAGUGCCAGAAAGUUUUGAGUCAUCUCACUCAGUGACCCCAACUCUACCUUCAGAAAAAGAAGAGGUGAAUGUGUUGAUCGGAUAUAAUUCUGAACUGUCAGCUGUAGUUUAUGAUCCGAGAGAUGAACCACAAUCAACAUCAGUUAGUCCAUAUCCAUUCUCACUAGUAGAUAAUCUAAUUACACCAGUACCACCAACUGAUACUAAUUAUCAUACAUCCAGAGAACCAGCCAGACCAGUCAAAAUAGAACCAACACCCAGACCAGAACAAGUUGCUUCAAAACAGAAAACUGCUGCACCUCAUCAAGAACCAGUGAAAUCAAAGCCAAAAGAACUAGCCUCACCUCCAAAACCAACCCCAGUCGUUCCUGAACCAAUAUUAAAACCCCCACCCCCAGCAAUAACACCGGAGAGAGUCAUGUCCAGAGCAUCUGUAGCAUUAAGAGAGAAUUUCCAACCGUGGGUAGAACAUCAACCUAAAGCCGCUGAAUCCAACCCGAAACCUACUACAACUAAAGAAGCGUUUGAUUUAUAUAUAGAUCAAGUCAGAUUUAUUCCUGAUAAUGCUUCUAUUAUAAAGGUAACUGGUAGAAUAUUACAGACUGGUAAUAUAGAGAAAUUAGAUGAUAUAAUGACUAUACCAAUAUUAGAUAGUUCACCUAGAAGUCCAGAGUUUGAUUACCGUAUAGUUGUUAAUAAAAACAAUGAAGAAGCUGAUAAAACAAUGGUAGCAUUAUUACGUGUCUAUACAGUAGAUAUUGUUACUGAAGAAAUAUGUGUUAUUGGCAACUGUAUAGUACCAAUAUUUAAUCAAAAUGGUAAAUUAUUAAUUGGUGGACAUCAGUUUAGAUUACGGGUUGGUUUACCUAAACAAAGAGAGAAUUUGAAACCUACAGAUUUAGACGAGAAUACACCAAUACCCAGUGCUUCAAUACUGCUCAGAUUAUUGCCACACACUAAUAAGCCUGUACCAAUACCUAAAUAUACAACUGGUUACUACCAAUCAGAACCUUGCCGUCCUAAUGAAUCAGAGAAAAAAAUCUUCAUUAGUUAUGGCAUUAAUCUGGCUUAUCCACAAACAGAAAGAGCUAUGAUUAAGCGUUUACAAGAUGCAGAAAAAGUCAAAACAGGUCAGUCCGACAGUACUUUAACUAACUGGUUAAUAGAAAGGUUGGAUGUGAAAAAACAAUCUGGUACCAAUGAAUCAGCUGGUUCUAUUAGUUUAACUAGAUGUGUUAAGUAUCGUGUGAAACAAGGUUUAAACAUCAAAAUAAACCAAGCUUUUGGUCUAACAGGUGAUUAUUAUGUACAAUGUUUUGCAAGAAUAGCACCAGGACGUAAAGUAUUAGGAAUGGAACCUACUGCGGAAGGUUUUGGUAAAGAAGCUAAGUUUAUUACAUUAAAACAUGAUAAUGAUAGUUAUCUUACAUCCCCUGUAUGGACCAGUCAACCAGAGGGAAUCCAUCCAUUCUAUGAUCCAUACAGUUGUUUGAUUAUACAAAUAUUUGGUUUAAAGUUAAAAUAUAAACCUCUAGCUGAUCAUUCUAAACCUGGUACUUUAACUGGUGUUAAAGGUGAACAACUAGAAUUAGGUAUGAAAGAUAUAAUAGGCUGGUCUGUUGUACCACUGUUCGAUGGAAAUUCAGUUUUAUCUGGAACUCAUUAUGUUCCAAUAUUUAAAGGCAACCCUUCUGAAGAAAUAUUAAAUGAUAUAACAAAGAACAGUCUCAAUUUAGUGCUACGUUCAAAAACUAUACCAAAAGAAACAUAUGGUACAGCCAGCUUGGUAGUUACAUUAUGGGAUGCUCAUUAUGACUUUCAUGAAAUUCCAGAAUUUAAGGACUAUGAGAAUCUACUAGAAGCAGUGGGUAAUAUCAAUGACUAUAGAGCUAUGAGAAAUAAACAAGGAGGAAAAAAAUAUUCUGAUUUUGUCCUCGAUUCUCUGGUACCUAAAUUCAGAAAACAAGGAACUAAGAGUGCUGCAUAUCAGAAAGAACAAGGAUUCUUUGAUAUGGUUGUUACUAAAACUUUCUAUGAUCUAGUGGAGAAUGCUCUUAUGACCGCAGGAUAUGGACCGCUGUAAAGUUUCUGAUCUGGAUAAAAAUUUAUUUAGGCUAAUUAAGUUAUAUAAAUCUAAGUUGAAGAGUUAAAAGAAAGAGCAAUGGCAUGGUACAUUCAGAAAUUUUGUGUUUUGUUUAUGAUGUUUAAUAGAAUAAAAAAUAUUAGUAAAUUUCAUAAAUCAUCUGCAUAUGGUUAUUUGAAUUUCUGAAGUAUUUUUGAAGGUCUAAUUUUGUUUAAACUAUAAACUAAAUGCCUUUUAAAGACUAUAACUAUAAACAAGAAAUUGGACUGUAGUUAGUAAUCACCCAUUAGUAAAGAUUAGAUCAAAAUAAUUGUAUUUAUUAUAUUAAAAGGGUAAAAACUGUUCAACUUAUGUAUAAUUAAAAAAUAUAGAUAUCUUAUGAAAUCCAUUUUAAUUAAAGUUUUACUUUUCAUUUAUAUAACAAGAGGGUUACACGUAAUAGUACUAUGAUUAUUAAAUAAUAAGUAUAUUUGUUUAGGUUGUUAUAUAAAAUAUUAACUUUCGUCAUAGGUUUGUAAAAUGAAAUUUGUUCAAGCAAUAUGUUCAAUAAAUAAUGCCCACUUCAGACCUCCUGAAAUUAUAUCUUAAGGUGCAUUUAAUGACCACUAAUUAGGGUACGGUAAUCGCGUUGACAAAUUGUGAAAUAGAACAUUUCAAGACCGCAGAAUCCAAAUUGAUUAUCAACAAUUUAUAAAUUGCUUACUUGAAAUUUAAAUUAGGUAUACUAUGAUAGUUUCAGUAAUGAUAAACUUUCUUUUCAGCACACCAUGUUGUGCUUAUCUUGAGUAAAUGCUUUAUUCAUUACAUUGUUUAGGAGUUGAAUGAGUUAUGAACAGUUGGGGGAUUUUCUACUGCAUUUUCAGGACUUAAAAGAAUAUUGGCUUUUUUGUCAGCCACAUUGUUUAGCUAAUCAGAACAUUUGACAAAAAAAUUAAUUCUAAUAUCCAGUUGCAGUGUUAUGUCAAUCCAUUCAAACCAUUUUUAGCAAUUAAUAAAAUGUACCUUUGCAAUUGUGUUAUGUCCUGUUAUCAGUAUUGUAUCAUUAAUUACGCAUGGAAGGAUAUAUAUAAUUAUCAAUAUAUUUAUAUCAUACAUCCACACAUAAUUGUAUAUAUAAUUGUAUAUGAGAAUAAGUUUAUUUACAUAGCUAGAGUUUAUAUUAUUUUUAAAUAUUUAUUCUUUUUAUAGCUGGUCUAAAAAUGUAUUGUUUUAUCUUACGAUUUAAUAAUUGUAAAACUGGUAAUUGAUAUUGAAUAAAUAUACUAGUGAACAAAUGACAGUUGCUUCACUACUUCAAUCCAACUGUAUUGUCCCAUUUUUUUUUAAAAACCAGAUCAGUCUUUGCUGCAUUUUAAAUUAUUUCCCUAUGAUUUUAUACAAUCCUGUAAUGACUUUAAUAGAAGAAAAUUUCAUUGACUGUCACAUUGUGUACAUAUAUUUAAAAACAAAAGCAAAUAACCGUAAUUCUGGCAAGCUAAUUUGGUCAACGAAAUAUGUCAGUUUUAAAAUAAAUUAUGUUGAAUUGUCUCAUGUUAUCUGAUACAAAUAUUUAUUUCAUUAUCCAGUUUAGUUAAUUAACAGAGGCAUUGUGAAAGCAUACAAACAAGAAUUGUACUGCAAAGAAUAAAAUUUGGACCUGUUAAUAAAUAGUAAAAUUAUUUUUGUGGGAUAAAAUAAAAAUGUAAUUUGAGGUCUCAAAAAUUAAAUGUGGAAUGUUAAUAAUUAAUAGUAAGAAUAUUUUUAUGGGAUAAAAUAAAAAUGUAAUUUGAGGUCUCAAAAAUUAAUUUGGAACUGUUAAUAAAUAGUAAAAAUAUUUUUAUGGGCUAAAUAAUUUGUGGUCUCAAACAUUGAUAUUUGUUUUUCUUGAGGGAAAAAUAUACGAAUAGUAAUAGAAAUUUGUUUUAAUUGUUAAUGUCUAGUUUUAAAAAAAAUAAAAAUGUAUUGAUAAUAGAAAUUA